AGAGAGUACAGCAGUAAUUAGACCAAGAUCACUCAAUCAGUGAAGCACAAUGAGGAGUAAAAUUACUCUCUCCAUUCUCAUUCUCUUCGUACUGUGUAUGUCAUCCACAGAAGCCGCAUCAAUCGGAAGAACAGGAUUGAAUCUACGCUGCCAGUGUAUAAAAACAACCUCCAAAUUCAUCCAUCCAACAAAUAUGAACAAUAUUGAAAUCAUCCCAAGUGGGCCACACUGUGAGAACACGGAAAUUAUUGCCAGCCUUAAAAGCAAGGAUCGUGUGUGUCUGGAUCCUACAGCUCAUUGGUUGAAGAAAGUCCUUAACAAGAUGAUGAAAAAAUCCAAGUAGAUGUGUCACUGAAGUGAGGCUCAACUUUAAAUAUCGAACAAUGAAUUGCCACAUUUGGGGAUCUGGCUGCGCUGGAUUGGUGUGGAGUUAUCAGAGGCAGCAACUCUUGACUGGGCAUUCACUGUUGAAAAUUGUACCGUGAUUUUAACACCUUAAACAUAGGAAAGUGAACAUUUCAUUUUUUAAUUGGCCCACAGUCGAGGUACCAAAGUGACUUGACAAUAAGUGAGAUAUCCGAUAUGAAGCAAUAGAUGACUUCAUCAACAGCUCUUUUGGAUAAUUAUUAAUUGUUACUCAAACAGGAUUCUUUACAUUUGCUGCCAGGUAGCAAUGUUACAGAAUAUAGUUACUCAAUAGUAUAUUGUUCAGUAUGACAAAUUGUCAGUAAUGUGCUAUUUCUAUUAUUUAAUCCAGAUAUUUAGUUGGUUUUGUAUUUAUUUAUGA